AUUGGAUAUUGGACCUGGAGGUGGCCCAUUAUUUUAAGGAAGUAAGCUACGGGUAACUAAGACGAAACUACCUAGUUAAGACCCCAAGCGACCACUCAGACGCGUCAGAAGUGGAAGUGCGGAAUUAAAAAUAAACGUCUAAUAGUGACUCUAAACUAUAGCAAAUCAAAUUGAAACUACUUGAUGAACGGAUCGAUGACCUUCACGAAUUUGUGUACAGAAAUCGGUUUAACCUAACUAUAGAGACUCCUAGGAAAUUUCUUCAAGCACUACUUUAAUGACACCUACAUCACAAAGCACUUCAGAUUCGAUCGAGUGUUCAAAUUGUGAUGAUAUUGGUGACGAAGAUGUAAAACUGUGUACCACAGAGGCAGAAGCUGCUGUAGUUGAAGUUAGUUUUGGAGUAAAAGACAUACGUUUAGCAUCAGAUCCCCUACCAUUCACCAACACCUUGGCAUAUUUAAAUGUGACUACUCUGGAAGGUGAAAAAAUGUGUAUUGAAGUUAGUGAUAAAGGAUUUAGAUCUGUCGGUUCAUCCUAUAAUGAGAUCAACACACAAGUAUUGGACAACACUUAUUCCAGUCUAUCAAGUGAAGAAUGCUGUACAAAUUACUAUGAAACAAUUUAUGCCUUAUUGUCUGCACGGAGUCGAUUAUUUCGUGAUAGUUUUUCAAAUCAAUUGAGUAUGCGAUUGAAAGAGUUAGUUAAAGAACAGGGUUAAAUCAACAACAAAAGUAUCCAUUAAUAAUAAGUAACUGUAGCAGUUUUCAUAUGACAACCAUAUAUUGUAUAUUACAAUUUUAUUCAUUUGAUCUUUCUUCAUUGUAUAUUGAUAUUUAAAUGGAUAACUGUAUGCACAUUGGAGUGUAUAUUUCUACCAUCAUUAUUACCUAAACAAAUGCAUUUCUUACCUAUGUAUUUAUGCCUUUUUUGUUUGUUUAUUUAUUUACGCAAAGUUUUAUUUUGUAUUCGUUUCCUGUGUAUGUGUGAGUGAUUUGUACGCUACAUGUAUCAGUCGACAGUAAUAGAUGACUUUCGCUAUUAUUCCUGUUAAUAUAAUUCAACUGUUAUUAUUUUAUCUGUUCAAGCAAAUUUUCAUAAAAUGAAGAAAUGAAAGAGAAAUGGGAGACGUAAUUAUUAUUUCUAUGAAUGUUAUGAAGUUAACAUAAAACCCACUUACACAUCAUCUGCAAUUUUACCCGUUCACAAACUCGAAUAGGACAAGAACAAAAAUGCUAACAGAAAUAACGAGAAUUCGCCUGUUCACC